UGGGAAAAUCUAGAAAGAAACAUAAGAGGAGGAGGAACUCCUCAUAUGACACAGGAGAAGAAGAAAACGCAGGAGAAGAUCCCCUUCAUACCGAAAAGCAGAAGGCCUCCACCAAGAAGAAGGAUCAGCCCAGAGAGACCCUAUAGAUUUGAUUCCCCUCCAAAAGACCAAGACAAUGUGAUGAAUGCUAUGGCUGCAGCUAAAGCUGUGGGUGGAGGACUGGCUGAUGCCCAAAAUAUCAUGGAAAGUAUCCAAACAAUGACCAAAGCUCAAGCAUCCAGAGUUGAGUGUAAAUUAUAUGUCGGAAAUCUACCUCCUAAAAUAAAACCUAAGGAGCUAGUAGAUUAUGUUAACCUUGCUCUUAGAAAAGUGAAUUGUAGAUUUUCCACAAUUGAUCCUGUGUUGUCAGCAUGGAUAUCAUCUGAUGGUCAUUAUGCAUUUAUUGAGUUUAAAAAUCCUGAAGAUGCCAAUAUGGGAUUUGCUUUAAACAACAUCAGUAUCCACGGUCAUUCUUUGAAGGUAGGUAGGCCCAACACUUACAGUGGGAUGUUCAAUUCAAUGAACCUUCUGAAGAACUCAUCUCUCAUGCUGGGUGAUAGUAUGCUAAAUCCUGAGAAGCAUGCUCAGAAUGUUCUGGAUGCUGAAGAAGACCUCUUCGAUCCCCUAGGCGAAAAGAAAAUGAUCAAACAGGAAGGUGAGAAGAAGAAGACUAAGAAAAAGCCUGAAGAACCCAAAAUUGAAAGUGAAGAGGAAGGUGAGGGAGAGGGUAAAAAGAAACAAAAAGAGGUGCCAAUCCCCGUACUCACUAAGAUGGGUGUCCUUAAUGUGACUACUGGGGGAAGAAUCAACCCUAUUAUGGGUGGAACUAUCAGUAAUGAAGUGUACAGGGUAGAACUUCCUUCUCGAGUUCUGGUCUUAAAAGACAUUAUUUCUUACGAAUAUCUUGCCUAUGAGGAGGAUUUCGAAAAUCUUGUAGAAGACAUUAAGAAGGAAAUGAAUAAGCAUGGGAUGAUUGCUGAACCAAAGGAAGAAGAAGAUGAGAAAAAGGAAGAAAAUAUUGAUCUCACAAUCAUUAAAUCUAAUCUCCCCGAAAAGGAAGGAUUUGGAAAUGCUUACAUAGAAUUUGUAUCGCCUGAAGAAGCUAAAAAUGCUAGAAGAGAACUUAUUGGAAGAAAAUAUGGAGACAGAUUUGUUGAUGUCUGAUAUCACAAUGAUGAGAAAUUCUCAAACGAUGACUUCUCUCUUCCAGGAGUGAUCAGAACUGGAAAAGAAAACAUGGGUGGAUUUGAAGGAAUGCAACAUCUCGCUAUUGAAUUCAAAGAUGGAGGCCAUAGUUCUGUACAGGAAGAAUUGAGAAAUGUCAGAAAAACUCAAAGAGAAUAUAUGGAUCAACUUGCUAUUGAGGAUAAGCCUCGAGAACCCCAAGAAAUUCAAGCUGCCCAAGCUUAUAGAGUUUGUGAAGAAGAUGAUGAGGAUCCUUUGAUAGAGGAAGAGAAAUAAUUCAGUCCCAUC